UUGGACUGGUUUAACUACCUUGAUUUCUGUUUUUGCAUUUCAGCUGCAAUGGAUAUGAUGACACUGAUGGCCCUCCAGAGUGGAUUAAACGGUGGAAACCAAGCUGCCGGUGGAGGAGCAAUGAUGAUGGGUAUGGGCGGUGGUGGUGGCGGCGGAGCUGGUCUACUUGCAA